GGCUCUUUCCACUUUCCAAUCGCGCAGUGUCAAUCGAGCGAGGUCUUCGGAUUGAACACCACACUUUGUCUUGUCCAACCCAGACAACAGCACAUCAGACAAAAUGGCCCCCGCCGCUGGAGCAAAGAAGCAAAAGAAGAAGUGGUCCAAGGGAAAGGUCAAGGACAAGGCCCAACACGCCGUCGUUCUCGACAAGACCACCUCUGAGAAGCUCUACAAGGAUGUGCAGUCUUACCGUCUCGUCACCAUUGCCACCCUCGUCGACCGAAUGAAGAUCAACGGCUCUCUGGCACGACAGUGCCUUGCCGACCUCGAGGAGAAGGGCAUCAUCAAGCCUGUGGUCACUCACAGCAAGAUGAAGAUCUACACCCGUGCCGUCGGUGGUUCUGACUAAAUGCAAUGAACGAUAACUUUGAGUCUCACGAUUGUGCGUCUGGGCGGCCUGGACGAUAG